AUGUUGGGCACAAGUGCGCGCGCAAGUCUCCCAAGACGAUAUCGACUCAUUAUAGUCACUAUCAUUCUCCACACGAAGCACUUCAGAACAUCCUUUUCAACCACCUCGGAUAUCCACGUGCUUCUUCUAUUACGUCAAGAUCAUCUCCCUACCAUAGCCCUCCCAUCCUCGCAUCUCGUCACCAACCAGAAACACAAAGCCUGCCCGGCUAGCUCAAUCGGUAGAGCGAGAUGGUUCAGUAUUGGAACAUCGUCACUAACUCAUCACCAGCCACGUCGGGCUCAAUUCCCGUCCGCGAUUGAAGCGCACUCACCUUUUUUGGAGAUUCCUUUCCAAGGAACGGGUUUCUUGUUUUUUGUUCAAUUGACAGUGGCAUGCCGAGCUUGCAAAGAGAACUGGGUGGCAUCAGCCUCCAAAAAUGAGCGACAAAUGAAUGGUGUCACCGUUGGAGUCCAUGAUUUGACUGUGCAAAUGCAAAACGCCCAUCUCGACGAAAUUUUUUCAUGUAUCGUGAUACUCCAGACGCUGGCGAGGAUAUCUACGGGAAGGGCUCAAUCGUCAUCGCCAUCGUCGACAAGCCAUCCUCCCUCCGCCGCAGCGCGCAUGACCAAAUCCGCGCUCUUCUGCGCGUAA